ACAUCUGCAAAGUAAAAUGGGGGUGGGGCUGACUAAGCUCUACCUGUAAGUUCAGGGGGAGCGCUCGGAUUUUGUGAUACUGUACCCCAACUGCAGCCUGCCCCGGGUGCACGUGUGGCUGGAGGACUUGCUCCACUCCCUCAGCCCCGGACGCCCGAGAAAGGACGGGUCUGCGGGUGGUGGGUGGUUGUUGGGGUGUUUGGGGUUUGCUUUGUUUUGUUUUUUUAAAUCUCGAUUGCGAACGUCAAGAUCCACCCAGGUUUCCGCGGCUGCUAGGACAGACGCUGGGCGCAGGUGCUACAACCAAGCCUCCUCUUCCCAGACACAGGAAGCCUCUCGCCUCCCGGGGCUCUGCUGAUGUCAUCUGGACAGUGGUUAGCCAGGAAGGGCUAGUCUGCCCACACUGGACCGAGAAAUGGAGGCAAAUGAUCAUUUUAACUUUACUGGCCUUCCCUCUGCACCUGCUGCCUCAGGACUGAAACCUUCUCCCUCCUCAGGGGAGGGCCUCUACACUAACGGGUCUCCCAUGAACUUCUCUCAGCAAGGGAAAAGUUUGAAUGGUGACGUGAAUGUCAACGGCUUAUCUACUGUAUCUCACACUACUUCAGGGAUCUUGAACUCUUCCCCCCACUCCUCUGACACCUCCCACCUCCAUCACCCCAACGUGGCCUACGACUGUCUCUGGAACUACUCGCAAUAUUCGGCCGCCGGCCCCGGUGCCAACCUCAAAGAGCCGCCUCUCCUCUCCCAGUUCUCAGGCCACAGACAGUACCCGCUCAACGGCACCGUCGAGGGUGGCCAGCCGGGCUCCCCCCCAAGCCAGAACACUACCCUGCGGGCCGGCAGCCAGGAGUUCUGGGCCAACGGCACCCAGAGCCCUAUGGGCCUCAAUUUUGACUCCCAGGAACUGUAUGACUCUUUCCCCGAUCAGAAUUUUGAGGUGAUGUCCAAUGGCCCCCCCAGCUUCUUCACCUCUUCCCCCCCCUCUCCCAUGCUGGGCUCCGGCAUCCAGACUUUCGCACCUUCCCAGGAGCCCGAGCGUGGCGAGGAGGCCACUAAGGAGCUGGCUCCUGGCGUAGCAGAGAAUGGCACUGGUUUGGUGGGUAGCCUGGAGCUGGAAGGAGAGCAGCCAGAACUGAAGAUCUGCGACUAUGACGAUUCAGCCCCUUCUGUGGACUCUCUGCACCAAGAGGUCUCGGUCCUGGUCCCAGACCCUACAGUUAGCUGCCUGGAUGACCCCUCGCAGCUUCCCGAACAACUGGAAGACUCGCCUAUCCUCGAGGAAGAUCCGUUGGAGCCCUUUGGCUCACUGGCUCCAGAGCCAGGGAGUGGGGGGCUCUAUGGGAUGGAUGACUCGGAACUGGUGAGCGAAGAGGACAAGCUGCCCCUUGGCGUCAGCCCCGACAUCUCAGCCCUCGAUUGUCCCUCCCUCAACAACUCCACCGCCUUCAGUCUCCUGGCAGACGACAGCCAGACGUCCGCUUCCAUCUUUGCCAAUCCCCCCUCCCCUCCUGUGCUCGGGGAGUCUGUCUUACAAGAUGGCAGUUUUGAGCUGAAUAAUGGGAGCGAUCCAGAGCAGGAGGAAGGAGAACCGAGCUUGUCAGCAGCCUCUCCCCCUGACCUUGAACGGGAGGCCCCAGCUCAGCUGUCCCCAGAGGACACGGACACAGACGGAAGUCCAGGGGGCACCCCUGACCUUGAGGACAAGACUGUGGGGGGAGCCAGUGCUUCUGGCAAUGGAGACGUCCUGCGGAGACGGGUGGCCACCCCAGAGGAGGUCCGGUUUCCCCUUCAGCACGGAUGGCGGAGAGAAGUGCGCAUCAAGAAAGGCAGCCACCGGUGGCAGGGGGAGACGUGGUACUAUGGGCCCUGUGGCAAGAGGAUGAAACAGUUUCCAGAAGUGAUUAAGUACCUGAGCCGAAAUGUGGUGCACCAGGUCCGGCGGGAGCACUUCAGCUUCAGCCCGAGGAUGCCCGUUGGCGAUUUCUAUGAGGAGCGAGACACCCCGGAGGGUUUGAAAUGGGUACAACUCUCUGUGGAGGAGAUACCUUCCCGCAUCCAAGCCAUCACUGGCAAGCGGGGUCGUCCUCGAAACACCGAGAAGGCCAAAGCCAAGGAAGUGACCAAAGUAAAGCGAGGACGAGGGCGGCCUCCCAAGGUUAAGAUCACAGAGCUUCUGAGCAAGGCAGAUGCCAGACUCCUGAAGAGGCUGGAAGUCCCAGACACCCUGAGUGAUGGAGAGAAGGCCAAGAUGAGGAAGAUCAAGAAGAAGAUCAGGAGGAAGGCCAAAACACAAAGGAAACAAGAAGCCAAAAGCUCCAAGCAGAAGGAAGUUAAGAAGAAACCCAAGGCCGAGAAGGAGAAGACAAAGGCAAAGGCAGAAAAGGUGAAAGAAAAGGGUAGAAAAGAGAAGGCCAGACGGAAGGACAAAGAGGAGGUCCGGCCAGUCUGCAAGGCUGAGCGUGUGGCAGCUCCGCAGCGGCGGCUGGAGGAGAGGCAGCGGCAGAUGAUGAUCCUGGAGGAGAUGAAGAAGCCCACGGAGGACAUGUGUUUGGCUGACCACCAGCCCCUGCCUGACUUCUCUCGCAUUCCGGGCCUGCGCCUGCCCAGCGCCACUUUUUCGCACUGCCUCACCAUCGUGGAGUUCCUGCAUAGCUUUGGCAAAGUGCUGGGCUUGGAUCCGGCCAGGGACGUGCCCAGCCUGGGGACCCUGCAGGAGGGGCUGCUGGGCCGCGGUGAGGCUUCAGCCGAGGUGCAGGACCUGUUGGUGAGGCUGCUCGGGGCGGCUCUCCGGGACCCGGGGCUGCCUGCCUACUGCCAGUCGCUGAAGAUCCUCGGAGAGAAGGUGUCCGAGAUCCCGCUGACCGGGGACAACGUGUCGGAGAUCCUGCGCUGCUUCCUCAUGGCGUAUGGGGCUGAGCCGGCCGUGUGCGACAGCCUCCGUACGCAGCCCUUCCAGGCACAGCUGCCCCAGCACAAGGCCUCCGUGCUGGCCUUCCUGGUGCAUGAGCUCAAUGGCUCUGGCAGCAUUGUCGAGGAGAUCGACAAGACCCUGGAGAGCAUGUCCAGCUACCGCAGGAACAAGUGGGUGGUGGAAGGCCGGCUGCGCAGGCUGAAAACGGCUCUGGCUAAGCGCACAGGGCGACCCGAGGCAGACCUGCUGGGCUCCGAGGAGAGUGUGGGCCGCAGGCGGAGCUCCCGCAUCCUGGAGGAGAUGAGCGGCCUGGAGGAAGAGGAGGAGGAGGAGGAGGAGGGUGACCCUCCAGCCUUCAGCGUGCCCGAGCUGGAGCGCCAGAUCGAGAAGCUCACCAAGCGCCAGCUGUUCUUCCGCAAGAAGCUGCUCCACUCGUCCCAGAUGCUGAGAGCUGUGUCCCUGGGCCAGGACCGCUACAGGCGGCGAUACUGGGUGCUGCCCUACCUGUCCGGGAUCUUCGUGGAAGGGGCCGAGGAAGGGGCAGCCUUGGAGGAUGAGACCAAGCAGGAUGCUGACCCCGCCGAGGGGGAGGCCGCCCUGGCUCCUGCCACGCCGCCCUUGGUGGUGAAGAAGGAAUCGGCCCAGGGAGCCGGCAGGCCUUGGUCGCCCUGUGCCCGCACCAGGGGCAGGCCCAGGAAGACCAAGCCUGUGCCCGAGCCGCCGGGGAGUCCCCUGUCUCCCAUGGCAAAGGAGGAGCCCGAGCCCACCCAGGCCCAGGAGCCGCGCGCCCCGGAGCUGGCCUUCAACGGGCUUCUGGAGCCUGAGGAUUCCCCCAUGUCCCUGGGCCAGAGCCAGCAUGACCUCAGCCAGUCAGCCUUCCUGUCGUGGCUGAGCCAGACCCAGAGACACGGCUCCGUGCUCAGCAGCUCCGUCCUCACGCCGGACAGCAGCCCCGGCCAGCUGGAGCCCGGGCCCCCGGCCUACCCCGAAGAGCCCGAGCCUCCCGGACCCCGGGGCCCCUGGUUCAACCUCCUCCCCCGGACGCCCUGCGAUGAGGCUGUCCACAAGGACGGCCCCGGCCCCGACCCGCCCCCGGUGCCGCAGGUCAAUGGGUCCAGCGCCACCAAGCCUCACUCCCCAAAGGCGCCACCUUCCGCCUCGGCCUCCAGGCGAUGGGCGGGCGGCCCCGGCAAGGGACCCCAGAGCCCGGGGGGGUCUGGGCAGCCCAAGCGCAGGGGGCGGCCCCCCAGCAAGUUCUUCAAGCAGAUGGAGCAGCGCUACCUGACGCAGCUGACUGCCCAGCCCGUGCCCGCAGACAUGCUCACCGGCUGGUGGUGGAUCCGGGACCCCGAGGAGCUGGAGGCCACCCUGCGGGCCCUGCACCCCCGCGGCAUCCGUGAGAAGGCCCUGCACAAGCACCUUUGUAAGCACAGGGACUUCCUGAGGGACGUCUGCCUGAGGCCCUCCACAGACUCCAUCCUCCAGCCGAGCCGGCUCCCCAUGUGGUCUCCGAAGGAGCUUGCAGGCUGGGCCCCGGCUCAGAGGACCUUCGAGGCCGACUUGGCCAUGCUGCGGCGCGUGGAGGAGCUGGAACAGCGGGUGCUCCUGGCCGACCUGCAGAUCCGGGGCUGGACGUGCCCCAGCCCAGACUCUGCCCGAGAAGACCUGGCCUACUGCGAGCACCGGCCAGAGCCCCUGGAGGACAUCAUGGCGCGGGGCCGGGGGCGGGACGGACUGGCCCCCCCCCGGGAGGACACCAACCCCCUGGAUCUGGCCGUGCUGCGGUUGGCGGCCCUCGAGCAGAACGUGGAGCGCCGGUACCUCCGGGAGCCGCUCUGGCCGGCCCACGAAGUCGUGCUGGAGAAGGCGCUCCUGAGCUCUCCCGACUCCGCCGCUCUGGGGACCACUGAAAUAGCCUACGAGAUCACCCCCCGCAUCCGCACGUGGCGGCAGACCCUGGAGCGCUGCCGUAGCGCGGCCCAGGUGUGCCUCUGCCUGGGGCAGCUGGAGCGCUCCAUCGCCUGGGAGAAGUCUGUCAACAAAGUGACAUGCCUGGUGUGCCGGCGGGGGGACAACGACGAGUUUUUGCUGCUCUGCGAUGGCUGUGACCGCGGCUGCCACAUCUAUUGCCACCGACCCAGAAUGGACUCUGUUCCCGAAGGAGACUGGUUCUGUGCCAUCUGUACGGCCCAGCAGACGGAGGGAGGCUGCCCCAAGAGGGGCCAGAAGCGGAAGGGCGGCCCACCGGACCCCACAGAGUCUGAGAGCAAGCGGCGGCGGCGGGCUGUGUCCCGGGGCCGGGAUGGAGGAGCCCCCGGACCCAGAUGCUCUGGGGAUGGCCUGGCCUCCAGGCGGCGCCUCUCUGUGCGGCAUCACCGGAGCGAUCUCACCUUCUGCGAGAUCAUCCUUAUGGAGAUGGAGUCACAUGCUUCGGCCUGGCCCUUCUUGGAGCCCGUGAACCCCCGGCUCGUGAGUGGCUACCGGCGCAUCAUCAAGAACCCCAUGGACUUCUCCACCAUGCGGGAGCGGCUGCUCCGGGGCGGGUACGCCAACUCGGAGGAGUUCGCCGCAGACGCCCUCCUGGUCUUUGACAACUGCCAGACCUUCAACGAGGACGACUCGGAGGUGGGCAAGGCCGGCCACGUCAUGCGCCGCUUCUUUGAGAGCCGAUGGGAGGAGUUUUAUCAGGGAAAACGGGCAGAUCUGUGAGGCUUCGGCCGGACACCCCCACGGCCCGGCCUCCUGGAGACGGCCCCUUCUCUCCCCCUCCCCCCCCUCCCCAAGGGGCAGGGAAAGGGCCUGAAAGCCAAAAAGAGAAAGAGAAUUGUUUUCCUUUGUUGAAUUCUCUAAUUAACUGCCCGACGCCCCCUCCCCCCCCCCCCCCCCCCCCCCCGCCUGCCCCAGCUUGGGGCCUUUUCCUGAUAGCAAUAGUUCUAGUGAAUGUGUGAAACUGAGAAACACUCUGUACUGUGCGAGGACCCGUAGUAAUGGCCAGUAAAGUGGACUUAACUCCCGCGCGUGUGGAGCCGGCCACAGGGCCCUGGACAUGCUGCUUCCACGUCCAGUCCUCCCCUCCCUUUGCCCCAUCCCUCCUCCAAUAAUAGAAAACGAUUGUGUACGGGUUCCUCCCCCCGCCCGGGGCGCUCCUUGGCCUUCCCUCCAGAUCUUCGGCUGGGGGGGGGAGCAUCGGGCACUCAUCUCCCCCCCCAACCCCUCCCUCUCGGGAACUCCUCAGGGACAAUUACUGCUGAGUCUGGCCAGGAGGGCUUCGGGCCCAUUCCUUCCUGCCCUGAAGCCGGACCGCCCCCCCCAUGGUCUCCCCGCUUCCCCUCCUGUGUCCCCCCACGGUCUCCCCGCUUCCCCUCCCACGUCCCCCCCAAGCCACCGGAGGUCCCGGUCUGGUCCCGCCUGGCCCCGGCCCCCGGCUCCAGCUCCGGCCCGCUCCCUUGCCCGGCCUGGGCUCCUCCCACCAGACAUUACGGGUAUUGCACUGGGGAGGAGGCCCCGCGCCGCGCAGCUGCACUGGAUAACCACUGAGGGCCGUGGAGGGAGCGAGGCCCUCCCCCUCCCUGCCCGGCGCGUCUCUGUUUCCAUCUCAUUGCUCAAGUCGCCUUUUCUGUCAGAUAAACCUCAGAAAUUAUUUUGAGAUUUUUUUUUAUUUUAAAUAAGAGGUGAAUUGAAGACUAUUUGAAUUGACUAUAUUAUGCAUAAAUAUUUAUAUUUUAUCUAAACUGCGCUGUAACAAACUUUGUGUUCAAUGUUCCGAGUAUAGUUGGGGGCUCCCCCGCCCUUGGUCACACACCCCGUUCCCCGCUGGAGACAGAAGCCCUCGCAUUAAUUUUGGACUCUCCGGGAGGGGGGGAGGCACGAGCCGCUCUUGCCUCCGCCCUCACGCGUCCUUGGGGACGGGCACGCGAGAGAUCUGCUUCGUCCCUCCAGAAAGACCCUCCAUCCUUGCCCACAUCCGUGUAACAGCAAGAAUCCCCUCGUCAACCCAGGCUGUUCCCGCUUCCCGCCGUGGCAGAGGGACUAAUAACUUUUAUAUAACCAAAUGUGGUGUUUUAGUGACUUUUGAUAAUGUACAGUUUUUUUGUGAAUUUAAAUUUAUUUCUUUCUAUAUUUUUAGGACCAAUCUCAUUUUUAAUAAGGUUGAAAAGGAAAAAAAAAGUCUAGAACUCCUGUUGUUGCCAUGUGAUGUUCCACAAGUGCAGCUGUAGAAAAAGUGCUUGUCAGUUGAAUAAAAGCCACAUUUGUUAGA